CCAGCGCCGGGGAAUGCUUCCGCCAGCAACCUGAGGGGCAUGCGAUAAGAUGUUCUCUCCAAGCAAGAAAUUUUCAAAGUCGCCACACACAGCGGUGCCUCUAUAUGGCCUCUUCAAAGAUGGUAUCUGGUGCUGCAACUGUCCUGCUCGGCCCCCCGCAGCUCGGCGCCAGACGAAGAACGGUGGAAAGAACCAUGGACGAUGGUUCUAUACCUGCGCACAGCUGCCCCCAAAAAAGUGCGGUUUCUUUCUUUGGGCCGACGAAGCUGAACCCCGCGAGAAAGCCGUCGUUCUUUCAAAUGCCCAUUCCGAACUCGAUCCUCUCCCUUCAGUCCCAAGAACUCCUACCAAAUCUACACAGCGCGGUCCAAAUGGCUUGCUGACGCCACAAACUGAGCGCCGGGUAAUUGAUAUCCCACCGCGAGAGUUCAAGACACCACCCAAGAGCGCGAAGACGAGGAUGAUGGCGGAGGAUUCUGACGAAUUUGGCUGGAGCGAUGGCUCUGAUGACAAUGACGAAAUUGCACAAGUAUUGUCCUCUAGCCAGGCAAAUGAGACUAUAUUGUCACAACCGGUCUUCUACCCGGAUUUGCCAUCGAAAGCACCGCGCACGCCCAGAACAACAUCUCCCGGUAAACGCAAGCUGUCGGAGUUUGCGUUCGACCAGUCCAACAGUAGUUCAUCUGCAAUAGCGACACCUGCUUCAUCUCGUACCGCCCAGUCAGCUCAAUUUCCCCCAUCCUCGGCCGAGCUAUGCAUGACGCCCACGCCCGUCAGAAAUCGCGAUGCACUUAGUUCGAACUCGAGGCCCGAUGAAUCAGACCUGUCAAAGAGUGCCUGCACUAUUUUAGAUAAACAUGGCGUCGUGCUGCCGAAUAGCGCAUACGAUGAACUUGUUGAGCUUCUAAAUCGCCACGAUUUGAAGAUGAGAGGAGUUAAUCGUGCGCGAGAUAUCCUGCGAGUGGCGAUGAAGAAGAAAGAUGACGAGAUAUUCCGCCUCAAGGAGAAGAAUACAAAUCUCCUUGCACAGAACGAGAUGGAUCGAAGUAUCAUCGAUAGUAUGAAGCGUUAAUCUUGGUAUCAUUUGGAGAGUCUGGUUCAGCCUAUGGCGACCUGUAUUUCUUCGCACUUCUUUAUUGUUUCUCCUUUCCCCCUCUCUUUGAAUGAGUUGUUUCAUUUCAAGCUCAGCGCUGAAGGUUUGUUUCUGCCCGCAAUAACGAUGUGAUGAUUCUUUUUCAACAGCAAUAUCAACUCCAACUACAUUUUCCUUCCGAAUUAUCAGACCCUCAUGCUUCAUCUUACAUACGAUCUUCUAUUUAUUUCAGUAAUAGGUCGGAAUAGUAC